UCGAAAGCAGCCGCGGUUGAAAUUGCGUUUCGGGGGCUGCUCCGGCCCCGGGCCCCGCCGGCGGCGGCCGCGCGGGAGGAUGCGGCAGGCAGAGAUGAGGCCUGGGAAAUCAUCACAUCCAAAGGAUUUACUUGGAGUAAAAGAUCACUGACUUCUACAAUGGAAAAGUCAUGGAUGCUUUGGAACUUUGUUAAAAGAUGGCUACUAGCUUUGGCUUCCUGGUCUUGGAGUCUCUGCCGUAUUUGUCUUUUACCCUUGAUAGUAACUUUUCACUUGUAUGGAGGCAUAAUACUACUUGUAUUAAUAUUUGUAUCAAUAGCAGGUAUACUAUAUAAAUUCCAGGAUGUGCUGCUUUACUUUCCUGAACAGCCCUCUUCAUCACGCCUUUAUGUUCCUAUGCCUACUGGUAUACCACAUGAAAAUAUCUUCAUCAAGACCAAAGAUGGAGUUCUUCUCAAUCUUAUUCUGCUGAGAUAUACAGGGGACAAUGCAGCAUAUUCUCCAACCGUCAUUUACUUUCAUGGGAAUGCAGGCAACAUAGGCCACAGGUUACCAAAUGCUUUGUUAAUGUUGGUAAACCUGAAAGUAAACUUAAUUCUUGUUGAUUAUAGAGGGUAUGGAAAAAGUGAAGGAGAAGCAAGUGAAGAAGGUUUGUACUUAGAUUCUGAGGCUGUGUUAGACUAUGUGAUGACUCGGUCUGAUCUUGAUAAAACAAAAAUUUUUCUUUUUGGCCGUUCCUUGGGGGGAGCAGUAGCUAUUCACUUAGCUUCUGAAAAUUCCCAUAGGAUUUCUGCCAUUGUGGUGGAGAACACCUUUCUUAGUAUCCCAUACAUGGCCAGCACUUUGUUUUCUUUCUUUCCAAUGAGGUAUCUUCCUUUAUGGUGCUACAAAAAUAAAUUUUUGUCCUACAGAAAAAUCUCUCAGUGCAGAAUGCCUUCCCUCUUCAUCUCUGGGUUGUCUGACCAGUUAAUUCCACCAGUUAUGAUGAAGCAACUUUAUGAAUUAUCCCCAGCUCGGACUAAGAGAUUGGCGAUAUUUCCUGAUGGAACUCAUAAUGACACUUGGCAGUGCCAGGGUUAUUUCACUGCACUUGAACAGUUCAUCAAAGAAGUAAUAAAGAGCCACUCCCCUGAAGAAAUGGCGAAAACAUCAUCUAACGUAACAAUAAUAUAAUUGAUAUUCUUCCUUGGGGUGGGAGGACUACGUGCACUGUACCUUGAUUUGUGAAAAGUGGUAAAAGAAUGUCCAUUUUUAAAUGUAUGUCAUGUCUGUACUUGCCUAAAGAGUGAAAUUAAACUUUGAAAGGUCUGAUGCUUUAUUAAGAUGUUCCAGAUAACUUUUACAUUUGCAGCAUUGUAAAUGAACCAUUUUAUGUCUUUCUCAUACUUUUUUGGUAUCUCUGUCCAUAUAUUCCAUUUGUUUGAUAUGUACAACAGAUGCUAUUAAAGGAACUUGCUACAAAAGUAGUACAGAAUGUAUUAGUCUAGAAAAACAGAAGGCUCUUUGGUAUUCACUGCUGUAUGUGUGAGCUUUUUGGACAGUCAGGGUUAGCACAAUGAUUUGUCGUUUCUCUUCGAGUUUAUUUAAAGUGUGCCAUGCAUGAGAUUAGUGUUUGAUUCCUUGAAAUUUUAUAUUAUGCAAGGUGGGAAAUCUUUAAUAUGUUACAUAAUAUUACAUUAACGGUAGAGUAUACUUGCAGGUAUACUGUCUUGGGUUAUUACUGUUUUUUGUGGUUAUGCAUACGUAUAUAUUUCAAACUGCAGCUGAAGAGGAAAAGAUGCUUGCACUGUUUUCAUUUUACCAUUUGUAUUACAGUGCCCAGGAAUUCGUAUGUGCUCAAACACCAUGGCUUCAGGAUUUUGCCCAGGCGAUUUUUUUCGUAGAAGUAACCCUUCAAAAAGGGAGCAAUGUGGUCUAUGCUCUGUUCUGCUCCAAGCUCUCUUCACUAACAUGCAGUCAAACUAUUUGUUGGUACUAGUAUGCUUGUGCAUUUGAGGUGGGAUUUCCUAUGGCAGAGUGGGUGGUGUUGGAAGGAGUGUCAUACAAGGUAAAGUGCAUUUGUGUUUGAAUUUUAGGCUGGUAUAGUUAAAUGUGCCCUUUAUACCUCUAAAAGAAACAAAUCCAAAUAAUUACCAGUGACCACAUGAUUAGAGAUUCAUGUAUACAGUAGUUACAGUAAGGGUAAUACAAUCAAGGAUUAAGGAUAAUAAAUUUUAAAUUAAAUAAAUGCAUUAAAAUUGGUAGACCUAAGCUUAGUUAGAUUAAAAGAGAUAUCAUUUAUUUUAACAUGUUUGUAGAAAGUGCUACCAUUCUGUUGUACCACCUGGAAGUAGCCUAAAUGUCAGCAGUUAUUUUUCUUUAGCUCUGCUGGGAUCUAGCAGGUCUAGGGAGGUUCUCAUCCCCCUCUACUCUGCCCUGGUGAGACCACACAUGGAACGCUGUAUCUGGCUUUGGCUCCCCAGUUCAAGCGAGACAGGGAUCUAGUGGAUAGAGUCCAAUGGAGAGCUGUGGGGAUGGUUAAGGGUCUUGAACAUCUCUCUUAUGAAGAAAGGCUGAGAGACCUGGGGCUGUUUAGUCUUGGGAAGGUUGAUAGGGGUCUAUAAAUACCUGAGGGGUGGGUGUCAAGAGGAAGGGGCUAGUCUCUUUUUGGUGGUGCCCUGUGAUAGCAUAAGGAACAAUGGGUAUAAGCUAGAACAUAGGAAGUUCCACCUUAGCAUUUACUCUGUGGGUGACUGAGUACUAGAACAGGCUGCUCAGAGAAGUUGUGGAGUCUCCUCUGGAGACUCAAAACCUGUGUGGAUGCAUUCCUGUGUGGCCUGCCCUAGGUGGUCCUGCUCUAGCAGGGGAGUUAGACUAGAUGAUCUCUAGAGGUCCCUUCCAACCCCUAACAUGCUAUGAUUCUAUUAUUUUUUUAAGCUAGUAUAACCAUUUCAGAGCCAGCAGUACUCAAACUGAGAGAGUUUGAUUAUGACUGAAUGUUGGCAUUUGGUUUCUUUGUUUUGUUAGAUUUUAGGAGUCCUUAUCCUACAUAGUCAUAUCAAAGUUGUAUGGAGUGUGGGGCUCUUAAAAUCUCUUCUACAUAUUUAAUUUCUUAUUUGCUGCAGGUGAUAGUUUGCCUCUUCAAAAUACUUUUAUUUGGAGAACAAACUGUGGAAAAUCUUCCACACAAUCUGUGCAAUUGCCCUUUGGAUUGCUUUUUUUUUAUUUUAAAUAGACUUUUACCUUGUCCCAAUUCAGAAAGGCAUCUUAGUACACACUUAAAAUCUGUUUCCUGAUGGACAGUGGUAUUUAAAGCUUCUGCUUAAGUUGUCUUGUUGUGCCUGCUAAAAUUUAUUACAGGGACUUACAGGUCUUACGUACACAUGGUAGUUGCCAGCAUUUUAUAGAUAGGGUGAUACAUCUUUACUUAAAUGUCAUUUUUAAAAUUUAAAUAAACACAUACAUACCAGAAGUUGCUGCUUCCUCUGGUAAGUAUCUUUUGUCAUACUAUUAUUAAGGUUUUCUUAGAGCUGAUUGAAAAACCUGUAGAGCUUUUUGGAUCUAUAAGCCUGAAUUAAUUGUAGAGAGAGCGUAGUUUUAAAUCUGAAUGAAACUAUAACUCAUCUCCACCUUCCAGAGCUGGUAUUUUUGGGGGAGAGGUGGGUGGGAAAGGUAUUUUGGUGAAGUUUGAGGGGUUUUGUUUAUAUAGCAGAAGGGAGUUAAUAAAUAUAGCAUAGCAUUUCCUUUCCCUGAUGUAUUCCAAAAUGCUAAUGUGAACUUUUUGCAUAUAUUGUUUCAGCUACUUCACAUUGCUUUAGAAUUAAGCUGGGGAGAGAGAAGGAAGACACGUGGGCAAAUACUGCUUUUCUAAAAACAAGUUGGUAAAGCCAAAAGAAUACAUUACUUGUUGGAGAUAGAAUGAAGAGAAAGGAAGUAAUUGUUUCAGAAGUUGUCAUAACUCACUAUUAAAUACAAAUUUCUAUAAAAUGUUGAUUUCUAAAGUAACACAACUUCUUACCCCGCUCCCUGCCAAUCAAAGACAAACACACACCUCAAACAAAAAGAGCCCCUGUAUUAUGUGGCACAUAAUAAUAAAGUAUUCUUAUUUGGGCACACGUUGCCAAGUGGAAGUCAAAUGUGUGGCAUUAGAUUAUGACAAUCUGGAACUGUUUAAAGUGGACUAUAUUUAAACAUUAUAUUUUAUUAUCAAGCCAUAUCAUUUUACCAUGUUGUCUGCAGGACAUAAAGAUGAAACUUUGCCUGUUUUUUGCAGUAUUGGGUAUGAGAAGGCACAAUUGUCACAUAUAUGCAUCUUUUACACUUAACGUGGUUUCUUCCACAUAUGCACAUUUUUACUUCUCCCUUAAUGGACUAGGCGCAUGCAGUUGUGAAUGAAUGUCUAUUAUCCUAUUUUUCAUUGUGUUGGCUAUGAAAUUCAUUAAAAGAAAAAAAGGUAGGAAAAUAUUUUUUUAUGCAAUAUUCCUCUGCUGUGCAUAUGAUCUUUUAAAGGAGGGAGAAGGAGGAAAAAACUUGUUUCAACAAGUCAAGACUUAUUUUUUAUUUAAUGGUUUGUGUGAUGGAAACUCAUAGUGACCUGCUGCUAAAAGCCAUUUUUAGACAGUGAACUGUGAGUAAUAUAGCAGUAAUAACAACUUUAAAUUGCCAAAAGGUGUAUUAUAAUACUGUUACAUUUAUUCUGCUCAAUACCGUUAUAUGUGUUCCCUUAACAGUUCUCUGUGUUUACAUGAUUGCAAGGAUUUGUCCUGUAUAUAUAAAUUUCUAGUUUUAGAAAAGGAAGGUGAGUUAUUUUCACAGGUUUGUAAGAAAGCCUCUUGGUUUAAAUAUGCUCAUUAAAGGAAUGUCUCUUUUAUAAGAGGAACUUUUUAAGUUUAAGGAAAAAAACAAACAAAAAAAAAACGAACAGGAAGGUCAGGGGUUGAACUGGAACGGCUGUAACAGUAGAAUCCUUGUGAGGAAACAUCCGGGUAAGACCUUGUGUUUGCACACGUGUAUGUGGUUUUAAUUAGUGGAAAUACUUGAGGCUUCCUGCUAAUCCAAGUUUACAUUCCAAACUGUGAAAUGCAGAGAUAAGUUGUGCUUUCAUCAAAAGAAAUGUUAACUGGUAUAGCUGCCCUCAUGUCCAUUUCUCAGGUAAAAUUAGAAAUAGAGCACAAAUACAUUUGAUAGGCUAUGGACAAUCUCUCAGUUGAAGAGCAGAUGGGUUAACUAUACAAAAUAUGCAUAUUAGCAUCUCUAAGUUCAUAAUUUGUAUCACAUUGGAUAUUCACAGUGACGAAUGCAAGGCUGAAUAGAGUCCAGGGUAUGGUCUCUUGUAUUAGCAAGAUGAUGCAGACAUACCUCCUUUUGUCUUUCAUAAUUUCAUUCUUGAGAAUUACAUUUAUAUUUCUGUUAAUGACAGGUGAUUUUGCUAGGGGCACUUCUGCCAAAUGUAAAGUCAGUGCCUCUUGCAUGUAGUGGGAUCAGCCUGAUGUAUCCCAUUAAGAAUAAUUUACAGUGCCAUCUUGCUUGUAUAAUUUCGAGUCAAACCCUGCAGAAGUGUAAAUAGAGAUAGCAUAUUCAAGUUCUAAAUAUCACUUGUGGUAUGAAUUCAGAAACAGUCAUUGAAUAUAUGAUGCAAGCUUUUUAUUUGAUUUUUCUUUAGUGUAUGGUUGAAGCAAAAAUGUCUUCUGAAGUAUUGCUAAGUUUUGUAGACAAAGCAUAAAUGUUCCCGUAUAUGUGCUAAAUGUGGCAAACUUUUACAUUCUCAUUCUAGUCUGGUUUUUACAAUAAAAUUAAUUUUACAAAAAACCCACUUUUCUAUUUUUAUGUACUGACAUAUGCAAUAAAUUGAUACAUUAAAAGUGCUGUUAAUGUCUUGCUCUA